ACUUGUUUUGGAGGUUUAUUUUGUGCUUGAGCUGUUUAUUCUUUCCCCUUCUGGAGGAGUUUCCAGGUGUUUUAAUGACGUGAUCGGUCAGACAGCCAUCCAGUCAUGGCGCUGUGGUGGUGCGCCAACAUCUUCUUCAGGUCUGCUGCAGCUUGGUUUCCCCUGCUCUUCUCAUCACUGCUUUGGCAAACGAUCUCCCCAGUAAAUGCCAUCCCAUCCUGCCCACGGAGCUGUAGCUGUCCGGGUGUUAAAGAGGUCCACUGUACGUUCAGACACCUCACCACCAUCCCAAAAACCUUUCCCAAAGACACAGAAAGGCUCAACCUGGGUUAUAACAGCCUGACAGAGGUGGAGGGGUCAGAAUUCAGGUCACUACGGCAACUGGAAAUGCUCAUGUUGCAUGGCAACGACAUUAGCACAGUCCAGCCUGGGGCGUUUUACAGCCUGAGAUCACUACAGAUCUUGAAGUUGAGUUACAACAAGCUAACAUCGGUAAACCCUGGUCUAUUUGAGGGCCUUGCUAGUUUGAUCCGUCUUCACCUGGACCACAACCUCAUUGACUUUAUAGAGCCAUACUCCUUCUCUGGCCUGACCUCCCUAAAACUCCUGCAGCUGGAGGGGAACCUUCUCAAAGAGAUCCACCCUCAUACCUUCAUAACCGUGUCUCUUCUUGGAAACUUUUGGACUUCUGGACUCAAACACUUACACCUGUCAGACAAUCUGUUAGAGCAGCUCCCUGCUGCAGCUUUGAAGACAGCUCCCAGGCUUGAACUCCUCUCUCUGCAUGGUAAUCCCUGGACCUGUGACUGUCAGCUGCACUGGUUGAUAGAAUGGAGCUCCACACAUGAAGAUUUAAUAAAGUGCAAGAAAGAGCGUGGCUCCAGUGAGGUUUGCCCCCAGUGCUCCUCUCCUCAAUCCCUGAAUGGGACCCUGUUGCUGGGACUGACCAAAGACAAGCUCACCUGUGAACGACCAGCUCUUCGCUCCACCCUCAAACAGUGGGACAAUCCAGUGUGGGCUGAAUCUGAAGCCGAGCCUGACUUGCCAUACACCCGUGACUUUGAAAAACCUUUGGGCCAUUUGACGAUUGUUCUCUCCGACAGCCACGGAAACAGUGCCCAUGUGGCAUGUGACGUGAGACACCCUGGAGAAAGUUCACCCAUAACUUGGACAACCAAUCCAAAUUCACCUGGGGAGUUGUCUGUCAAUGUGUCACUGGCAACCACCCUUGAGUGUGAGAUUGAUCGGGAGAAGCUGCAAAAUCUCUGGCAAUUGGUUGCAUAUUACUAUGAAAGCCCUGCUAUCUUGGAGCGAGGUCAGCAGAGAGGAAAUGAUAGCAGAGUAACCUAUCAAUAUGUCCAAGCUGUAAAUGAAAAUUCCCCAUAUUUCACAGAACUGAAAGGAUAUUUAGUUGCAGAACCCUCGUGGUUGCUUCAACCAAGAGUCACUCUGAGGCUCAACAGAGGGCAGACAACAACCAAGAAACUUGCAAUGGAUUUCACUACUGUCAUUACCAAGACCAUCAACAGCCAUAGGGGGUCAGAAGAUGACAAUGGCCUUGCCAUGUCCUGGGCUCUCAUUCGCAGAGGGACAACAGGGCGGGUUCAGACUGCUCUUCAGGGUUCAAAGGUUAACUUGGAGUGCAUUGUUGUUACCUCAGAUCCAGAGGUGAAAAUGGAGUGGAUGCUUCCAGAUUUGUCCAUUGUGGAAGAUGCAACUGAUAAAAUUGACAUUUCUGAAAGAGGAGAGCUUGUGAUUUUAAAUGCUACACUGUCUGACUCAGGCCUUUAUCACUGCAUGAUCAGAACCAAAGCAGGCGUGGACUUGAUGCCUUUGAGACUCACCAUCAAAGAACUCUCACUCAGCCCCACUGCUUUCAAUGGUCAGAAAAUUGUAGUUGAAAAAGGACAAUCUUUAUCCCUCCCAUGUGAGGUGACCUCAGUCCAGCCCAGUCAAAUGAUGUGGUACUUACCCAGAAACCAAAUUCUUCUCCCCACACAGCAGACAAAACGGGCAGAAGUGUUGGGAAAUGGGACUUUGUUGGUAAGAAGGUUGACACCAGAAGAUGCAGGGGAAUACACCUGCUUGGCCUCAAAUCUGUAUGGAGUUGACAUGCUAUCACACUUGGUGGAGGUUACCGGGGGAAAAGCCUCAGAUAAGUCCAAAGUAAAGACUGCAAAAGAGCAGCCAAUCAUGCCAGUUGGCGUAGAGGAAGGAGAGGGUUCCGGGGGAGAUUACCAGGAGAUCAUACGUCCUUUUGCUACACAGUUCCCCAAAAAAGUAGGAACACAACAAAGGAAUCCUAAUGGAAAAAGGAUAAGAAUUAAAGAUUCAAAGAGAAAACCCAAUAAAUCUGUUAAGGAAUUAGAUCCAAAUCGUUGGGCAGAGAUAUUGGCUAAAGCUAAUGCUAAACCAAGUGUUACCUUGCCCACAGGGCAGUCACUACCAGAGCCCAGCACUGAAACUGUCCAAACAAGUACGUCCGAACCUACAAUUACAACUGCUACUGCUGCUAACAACUUGGCCCCUACUACUGCCCCAGCUGAUUCAAGGAUAAAGACAACAAAGCUCCCCAUCAGCACAAAAGCUAAGAAUGAAGUCUAUUCUUUGGAGAAGGACGGGGAUGACUCAAAAACAAUGGAAAAUCUGCCAGAAGCUUUACAGCCUCCGCCUCCCAGAGGUACAGAACCAACCCCAUACCAUGUUGGUGGGAACACAGAAAAUGCAGCAGCUGUCACAGACCCCCCUGCUGUUGGAACUCCUCUGCCAGUCGAUCAGUCACAAAAUAAGCACUCUGGUGAGGGGAGAAGGAACAACAAUUUCGCUCCUGGUCAGCCAAACAGGAGAAGGCCACCUUACAGACGUAGAAAACCGCCAUUGUGGAGAGUCCGUCCAAAUGGAAAUCCCUUCUACCAUUCAUUAAACAAGCCCCAAACUACUGUUCCAACAACAACUACCACACAGACGACAACGAUGCCCACAACUACAACAACAACAACAACAACUACUACUACUACCACCACAACUACCACUACUGCUACGACAACAACAACACCUGCUCCAACCACAGUGGAAAACCAUGACACCUUAUCUGCUGAGUAUCAGACAGAGGAAGUUGAAGGUGAAGACUAUGAAUACAAUUACGAGGAUAGUGGUAAUUUGGACCCCAAGGAAGAUCUAAACAGUGAAACCCUUCAUACCACUAAAGAUCUUGAGAGCAUCCUCACCACACCACCUCCAGCUAGAGAAAAAGAUGUGGGUAGCUCCCCACCCAAUCCAAAGACAAUUGCCACUCCAAAACUUGAUAGUACCCCUCACACAACCGAAAGGACUGUUGAAGAGAAAGAGGACACUGUAAACCUAAAGGAAUCUGAGAUACAGAAGGUUGAGAUCAGAACACAAAAUGUAGAAAAAGGCAAAGACCAUAAAGAUCUUGCAGGGGAGAGUGGGAGGGAGAUAUUAACCAUGAUAGAAGGGCAUGAAACACAGAAAAUAGUCCCAGAAGGCACUGAGAAAGACACAGAAAAAUCUAAAAAGGAGUGGCUGGAUAGCAUUCCAUUAACAACUCAAAACAGACCAAGACCUAACACUCGACCAGAACAACAUACGCCAACCCAAUCAAGAACUCCAUCUUCAAAGGUCAUUACCUCACAUUCAACAGGAGGCAGAACAAGAGAAGAAGUCAUACAGAAAGAGGAUAAGAAUGUAAACAAGCCAAAAGUGAAGCCUGAAAUCAACAGCUUUCCAAUAAUGGAGCCGGUUCAUCCCUGGCUCCAUCAGAACAAACAGACAGUCGGACAAACUACCACUCCCAGGACAACAAACACAAACCAGGACAGAAAUAGAGGAAGACAGGGCGAAGUGAAUCCCGGCAGGCAUUCCCAGCCUCCCAGAGUGCCCCCGACCUCCCGCUGGCCCUUACACCAUUAUCACCAUCAAUACUACCCCUAUUACCCUUCGUGGCCUGGCCAAAGGUCAUUUCCUCAUCCAAGGCAAGGGUCCCCCCCUGUGUCCACUCACCGACCCUGGCCUCUCCCCCACCCCUGGGCUCAAAGCCCGAUGGUCACCAACCGACCAGAGAUCACAGCUGAAACAGUGAAGCCCACACCUCCACUCUCUGAUCCCCAUGUGUCACAACAUCAUAAUAAUCACAAUCAUCAUGUGGAUGGAAGGACACAAACCAGAGACCAACUGUUUCUAUCUAGGUUGAGGAACAGAUACAGACAGGCACAGCUCGAUCGGCUUGCUCAGCUUGGGAGGAUGGUGACACCAAAACCUCGCACUAGCUACCACAAUCCUCCAUCCCUGUUCACACCUAAACCCAACCCUCCAUCUCCACAUAGACCCUACACCCCUAAACCACCAGCACCAACUGCUUCUUACAGUUACACUCUGCAACCUCUGAAACCUGCUAAACCUUCAUCAUCAUCAUACUCUGGUUUCUUUCCAACCCCUCGUCCUUACCACCCCACCACCCCUGGGGUACCAAAUGGAGGUUGGUGGCCUGCUGGGGCAGGAAGAGUCAGCUCUCGGCGGCCCACAGCUGCACCUCCUUUCCCAUGGGUGUGGGGAGCAGGAAGUGGUGGGCUGAAGCCCUAUAUUACCACGGUCAACACAGCUAGUGUGUCAGUACUGGCGGAGAGUGAUGUGUUCCUGCCCUGCAAAGCAGCAGGGAAUCCUGAACCCAACAUUGCAUGGACCAAAGUUUCCACAGGUGCCACCAUCACAGCCAACACCAAGCAUGGUGCCCGUUUUGAAGUCUUCAAAAAUGGCACUUUUGUUAUUAAAAACAUCCAGCUCCAGGAUAGAGGCCAGUACCUCUGCACGGCCCAGAACAGCUUUGGAUCAGAUCGCAUGGUCAUAACCUUAGCUGUCCAGACUGAGGCUCCCAAGAUCCAGCCGCCCAAGUCCACAGAGAAGGCAGUCUACCUCGGGAAAAGUGCAACUCUUGACUGCCUUGCAUCAGGAAAACCACCUGCCCAAAUUUCCUGGAUUCUACCGAACAGGAUGUUUCUGCGUGAAGUCGGGACUGUUAACACUCCCCUUUCUCCAAUUUCUCUGCUUCAAAAUGGAACCCUUCAUAUUCACUCUCUCAAUUUCUCCAGCAAAGGGGAUUAUAAAUGUAUUGCGAGUAAUGCAGCAGGUGCGGAUACAGUGACUUAUCAACUCCAUGUGGCAGCUCUGCCUCCGAGCAUCAGCGAAGCAGCAAUGGAUACUGUGAUCAUUCAGCCAGGCAGGAGUGUGUACGUCCACUGCUCUGUGAAGGGCGAACCCCUGCCUGUUUUGAAAUGGAUGCUCCCAGCAGGCGUCCAUGUCAAGCCAUCACAGUUUCUUGGACGCAAGCUGUUUGUCUUCCCCAAUGGGACGCUGUAUGUGAAAAAUGUUUCACCAGUGGAUGCUGGCAGGUACGAGUGUUUGGCCACUAAUGCUGUGGGCAUUGCCAAAAGAACCGUCCAGCUGGAGGUGAGGGCAGAUUCUACCUCCUUCUCCCAUCAGCCUCCACCUCCUCUUCCCAUCCCUCCAGCCCAACGCCAUGGUGUGCCAUCGCGACAGCACUCUGUCUCAGCUAUGUACGGUUCUGCUGUCUACCUCCACUGUCCCGAGUCUACCGGGUCAACAAGAGGGACCAUCUGGCAGCUUCCCUCCAAGACUAUCAUGGAACAUCGUUACAGUCCAGAGAGACCAAUUAAAGUUUUCCGUAAUGGGACUCUGAGGAUACUUCAGCUAACUGAGCUAGAUGGUGGAAAUUAUCUGUGUGUCUUUCAGCGGCCCAAUGGGGAGGACAUGGAGCUCUUCCAGUUGGAUGUGUUAAUGACCCCUCCUAGGAUUGAACAUGUGAGGACUGCACAGACUAGGGUCACCUUUGGAGAAAAUUUCCAGGUGGACUGUGUUGCAACAGGCCUCCCUGAUCCAGAAGUUACCUGGAGUCUCCCAGAUGGAACUUUGAUCAACAACGCCCUUCAAUCGGACGACAGUGGCCUUCGCAACCGCCGCUAUGUUAUUUUUGGCAACGGAACUUUACUUCUCCAGCAAAUGGGCAAAAGAGACGAAGGCGACUACACUUGUUACGCCAAAAACAAACUAGGCAAGGAUGAAAGAAAAGUGAGCGUCAAAGUGGGACCAAAUGCUCCAAAAAUUCGAUUAAAAUCGCAAUCUCUGGUUACAGUAAAGUUAGGAGAAUCAGCGAAAUUGAAUUGUCAGGCCACAGGUGAACCUACACCCAAGAUCAUGUGGAUCUCACCAAGAAAUGAUGUAAUAUCGACAUCAUCACACAAAUUUCAGAUCAUGGACGAUGGGAUGUUGGUGGUAAAAAAAGUAAUACUGGCAGACGAAGGGAAGUAUGCAUGUGUGGCACGAAAUUCUGCUGGUGAUGAUGUUAAAAACAUGAAACUUGAUGUUGAACCCCAGGAACCCUCUAUCAGUGGCAUAAAAGGAAGGCGCACCACAAAGGUUCUGGGUGUUUCCUACCAAACAGCACUUCUGGAUUGCAGAGUGGAAGGUAAACCUGAACCAAGAGUCUGGUGGGUUACUCCUUAUGGCCACUCGCUCCCAACACCCUACCUGGGAGGUCGCUUCCAGGUCCACCGGAAUGGGAGCUUGGAGCUGAGAGGGGUGAGGAAAACAGACGAGGGGAGGUACAUGUGUCUGGCCAAAAACAAUCUGGGUGAAGCCUCACUUUUAGUGGAAUUAGACGUAGCAUCACUGGCUGAGAAACCAAGUUUUGCUGUUCCCAAUAUUGAAAUUUUACCAAUAAAGCAAGAUGGUGGGACAGUGAGCCUGGAGUGCCCUGCUCGUGGCAAGCCGAACCCAGAGUUUGCAUGGGUUCUACCCAACGGGACGAUGCUAAUGCCUGGUGUUAGACUCCAACGCUUCACACAUCAUCUGGGCAAUGGAACUCUACAGAUCUUUCAACCUGUUGCAAGUGAUAAGGGUGUGUACCGGUGCCUAGCAAAAAAUGUGGCAGGACAAGCUGAGAAACGCUAUUCACUGGAGGCGGGAAGAAAACCAGUGAUCAGAGGAUCUACAGGUGGGAUGAGGAUCACUUACGGUCUCAAUCUCAAUUUACCCUGCACUGUGGAUGGCUGGCCACAGGCUUCAAUCACAUGGACCCUACCUAAUGGUCUUGUUUUGGACAAACCUCAAACCAUUGGCAGGGUAUCUUUUCAUACCAAUGGGACCCUUCAACUCAGGCAUGUUGCCACUUUUGACAAAGGAACAUAUAUUUGUAAAGCCUCCAACUCUUUUGGCUUGUCAACACUAUCUUACCCAGUUGCAGUGAUGGUUUUCCCACCACGGAUCACCAAUACACUGACCUCAAUUACAAGAGUCAACCGGGGAUCGCCAGUGAAGUUAAAUUGUGUUGCGACUGGAAUUCCUAAGCCGGAUAUUUCAUGGACGUUGCCUGGACGCACAACGCUGGUUCCACAUAACCGGUACACGGCGCAGGGAGGGAUUCACAUGACAGAGGAGGGCAGUCUGAUCAUACAGAACCCAAUGCUCAUGAACUCAGGCAUUUACAAAUGCAACGCUAAAAACGCACUCGGAACAGACUUCAAAUCUACCUACCUACAAGUGGUCUGAAUGACAGUGAUAAUUAUCCUUUUGAGAUGGUGACACUGCAGAAUUAAGACUGGAUAAGGAUUUUUCCAUCAGGAUUGGAAUAUUCUGCAUAAUAAAGAUACUCUGGAGAGAGACUUAAAACUGCCUGAUUGGCAGCUUGGCUCGAGACACCUUGCGAAGCAGUUUCCACUGAACGAUGAAGACUUCAUGGUUCAUUCACCUUUUGUACAUUUUUACCUUCAGUGUUUUGUUUCAUGGUGCUAAUGUUGUCAAAGGUCUUCCAUUCCCCACACAACAUUAUAAUUUGUGAAAUUUUACUUCACAUUACUUUAACAUGACAAUGCUUGUUCUGCAACUGAAAUAAGAGUCUUAUAUCUUGGGAUUGACAUAUAAAAAUGUAAUGUGUACCCCUUAUAUGAUUAUUAUUGUCUAUUGUUACAAUUUUACAGUGAUUUCAGCUGUACAUGACAAAUAUUAAAUUGCUCACAUCACAAAAUAGAUACUUUAGCAAACAUUCGUGAGACUUUUUACUGUGAACUUGACAAAACAAACUUUUGACUUAAAACUUUACAUUUCAUCAACAAGCAGUGAUGAGCAGUGGAGUGUCUUCCUAAGUGUAGGUAUAUCACCAACUGUUCUACUCAUGCUUAUAACUAGUGAUGUACCAAUGAAGCCUCAUGAACCACUUUCUUAAUUUUCUGACUCC